GGGAGCCGGGCAGGGCGGCGGGGCCCGACGGGGCGGCGAGCUGUCAAAGAGGCAUCCCGGGCGCCGGGAGCCGGAGCAGCCCUAUGUGUCCCUAAGCUGCGAGACCCCCGCGCCGGCCCCGCUCGCCAUGAACACCGAAGAGCAGUAUUACGCCUCGGCGCAGCUCUACAAGGAGUCGUGUGCGUUUCAGAGAGCCCAGGCGCAGGAUUACAACCCCAGCCCCCCCGCCUGCCUGUACAUGGGCAGGCAGCAACAGACUCCUUACCCCAGCGCCUUAGGGAUUCUCGAGCAAAGCAGCCCGCCAGACAUUUCACCUUACGAGGUGCCCGCCAUCACAGAAGAUGCCGGGGUCUCCCACCUUCAUCACCACCACCACCCUCAUCUUCCUCCUCCCGACCAGGACGCGCUGCCUUUCGCAGACGGGGCGGACACGGGGAUGAUAGAGGAGCCCCGAGUGCAGGUGCCUUUCGCCUGGAUGAAGUCCACCAAAUCGCACGCUUGGAAGGGACAGUGGACUGGGGGAUCUUACGUGGUGGAGCAGGAGGAGAACAAGCGGACGAGGACGGCGUACACCCGCGCACAGCUGCUGGAGCUGGAGAAGGAGUUUCUCUUCAACAAGUAUAUCUCCAGGCCGCGGCGGGUGGAGUUGGCUGUCAUGUUGAACUUGACCGAGAGGCACAUCAAGAUUUGGUUCCAGAACCGGCGGAUGAAGUGGAAGAAGGAAGAGGACAAAAAACGGGGGGCGGGCAACAGCAAUGACCCCGAGCAAGACUGUGUGGUGUCCUCUGGGGAGCUCCAGGGGAAGGAGGAUCUCCAGCCGUGCCCGUCCGCGAACCUGUCCUCGGGGGCCUCCAGGGACCUGCUCGUCCCCAGCCUCGCCCCCAGAAGGCAGCAGGACUCUCGGUGAGCUACGGGGAGCCCCAAGCCCCGGGCCGGAGAAGGGACCAGGUAGAGGCCCGAGAGGGAGGCGCCGGCUCCCCACCGCCGUGCCGUGGCCGACCCUUGCCCGCUUUCCCCCGGGGAGACUCAGUGCCUCCAGUCCGAAAUUCUCGUCCACCAAAAAAUAAAUCCGAGGUGUCUGGCCAUAGCAGAGCGGCUUGCUGCGGGCCGUAGGGCCGAACAAGGCCGCAGCAAGCGGCCGGGAUGGCGGUGAGCCCGGCCCCGUUCCUCCCGGGUACUCCGGGGUGUAGCUUCCCACCGGAGCGCUGAUCUCGGGCGGUCAACGGCGGUGUGUGCAACCUUAAGCUCACAGAGAGAUCUGGAUACCGCCGGAGAAACUAGCCCACGUCGCCUUACCGGUGACGACUGCCCGGUCGGGGCGCGGGUCCCGCCAUGCCCGGCGCUGCACAAGCGCGGCGUCGGAACUAAUCAUCCCAGACCUUCCCGGAGCUGGCACCUUGCCGUCUCCGUCCCUUCCAGAGGCCACAGGACAUCGAGUCUACCGAGGACUGCCGCAUGAUUUUUACUCACUUAUUUGGAAACUGGAACCUGAUAUGUUCCACUUUCUUUCGCCAUUGGGGAAAAAAAAAAAAAAAAAAAAAGGCAAAAAAAAAAAAAAAAGCCUGAGUGUCUUGCGGGCAGGAUUUGUCUCCCCGGUGACCAGCUCCCGGUGACUGGCACAGGUAGCCAUACCCUCCUCUGGGCUCCGCCAAUGGCUCCGCGGCCGUCGGGGCUCCGCCGCGCUCAGAGCUGCACUCGCCUCCCCGAAGCGUUUGCUCAAACCCGAGGAUGCGGCAGAAAAUGCGCGGGCUAUCUCCGGCCAGAGGGACAGCGGCGGAUCGGGCUGCGAGCCGAGAGAGGGACGUGGCUGGGAGGGUAGGGCUCGUCCCAGGGGCAUUUUCCUUCGGGGAAAAGCUCCUGCCUCUUUUCCUUCUCUCUCACAAAGUCGGACUCUGCCUGAGGGACAAGAAACCCCACCGCAGCACAAGCUCCCGGCCAGGCCUGGCUCUCUGCAUGUUUUUUCUCUGCGGACCUGGUUUCGCAUACCGGCAGAGGUUUGGGGCCGACUGCAAAGCCCUGCCGAGGACCGGUUCCUUUUUCAGGUGUUAAUUUCGACCCGGGCCGACGUGCCGGAGAGCCUGGUUCCUCCGGGCUGGAACCGGGCAGCGAGGGCUCCGCCUCCGGCCCUCCCGUCGGAGACGGCCUCCUCUUCCGCCGCUGCCCUUGUACCUCCAGAAAGAUCUUCCCCGUCGUGGCAACGGCGGGAACAGGCAUUUUGUGUAAAAGAAACGAACUGUUCUAGCGAUCGCUUCAAACAGCGUUGAAAAUUUAACUAAGUGGGGAAAAAUCACGCCCAAACUAGAAGCAGAAAACAGGGGCGGGAAGGGAGCAGGAGCUGUGGGUCAGGCGCAUCUGCCUCCUCUCCUCGACGGGGAGGCUCCAGAUGCGCCCUCGAAUAUCCCCCGGGGACCGCCACAGUCCGCCCCAGGCUGCGGGUCCGGGAGUGAUAUGGGAGGAGAAAGAGGAGGAGGAGGUCCUGUCUCACCUUCCCCAGGGGAUUUUCCCAGCCCCACGGCUGAAAGAGAUGGGGAGGAAGCAGCUUUGCCACAGCUCGCUCUUUUUCUCCCCCCCCCGCCCCCAUCUUACAUGAGACUUUUAGCAAUAAGGUGGAGACUUGAGGUGAAGGUGUAAAUCUUUUAUUGCUUUUAUUUCCUUUGGAGACAUUGAUAUGUCUGUGCAAACAGGGACGUUUCUGGUCAUUUUUUCCUGCAAGUUGCCUGAGAAAUCUAUCACACAAGCCUAUCUAUCUUUAUUCAUCAAAACGCAGUCAAUGAGUGAGAACUUUAUGAAUGAUUAUAUGAGCAAAAUUCAAAUAAAGCUGUUCUGCCUAAGAAGCAAAGCACCGUAUUAAUUAAAGCAACAUUUCUCAAACCUUUGGAAGUCAUAAAGCCAUUUUUAAACCUCAGUAUUUCUCAUCACUAUUAGCACCAACCUGUCACUAAUAACAAGCAGUGGAACAAUUUCCAUGUACCUUUUACAAUGUCUAGCAUUAAAAUUGCAAUUCGUGAGCCACUGCAAAAAUAGAUCUAGCUGCAGAAAGGAUGUCUAUCACACAAAAUACCAUGAUUUUUUUGUAAGAUUCUUAUGGCACAUUGCCCUGGGUAAGCAGCAUACACGAUGGCUGAAAUGUUGCCUGUCCUUUCUCUAGUAUAAGGCAUUCCAUUUCGAUUUUCUCCAUGUAGUGCUGUAAAAACAGAGAAGGUGCAGAAUAUAUCAAUUGUUUGACCACUGUGCCAAGGUAUUUUUAUGAGUGGAAGUAGAAUCAGAUCUGCAGGGUUUAGUUUUAUUGAAUAAAGGUGGGGGUUUUUUGUGUUUUUGUUUGUUUGUUUGUUUGUUGUGGGUUUUUUGUUUGUUUGUUUUGUUUAGUUUAGUUUUCUUUAAAGACAUUAUUUAAUAUAUGGGAUUAGCACUUUUUUUUUCUUUUAAUUAAUCCUUCUUACAACUGCGUCAGUGGAAAAAUUAACAUUAAAGGAAUCAAGACAGCUCUGACAUCUUGUAGAGUUAAAGGUUCAUGGUGACCUUCACCUGGCAGAGCAGCCAGCCCUGCAUUGUGCUGGUGAAAGGCAUGGCUGAC